CUUUCUCUCUCUCUUUUUAUUGACGCGUUAAUUGUGUAAAUUAUUAAAUAAAUGCAAGCUGCUCCAACUUCAACAAACAACGAAAAUAAAUGGAGAUUUGCUCAAUGCUUUGGAGACAAGGGAGAAUCAGACGACAUUACAGAAGCCGAUAUUAUCUCUGCUGUUGAAUUUGACCACACAGGAGAUUACCUUGCAACGGGUGACAAAGGUGGUAGAGUAGUCUUGUUUGAACGUAACGAGAAUAAAAAAGGCUGUGAAUAUCGGUUUCACACAGAAUUUCAAUCCCAUGAGCCAGAGUUUGACUAUUUGAAGAGCUUGGAAAUUGAAGAAAAGAUUAAUCAGAUCAAAUGGUGUAAAAGACAGAAUUCUGCUCACUUUUUACUGUCAACAAAUGAUAAAACCAUCAAACUUUGGAAAGUAUACGAACGAAGCCUUAGAGUGAUUAGCGAGUCAACCAUGAUUACCGAAAAGCCUAAGCUGAGUCUACCCAAAAUGAGCUACCAAGAUACUAUUGUCGCUGCUAUUCCACGACGAAUCUAUGCAAACGCUCAUGCUUACCAUAUUAAUUCGAUUUCUGUUAAUUCUGACAGUGAAACAUACAUUUCUGCUGACGAUUUAAGAAUCAAUUUAUGGAAUUUGGAUAUUUCUGAUCAAAGCUUUAACAUUGUUGAUAUCAAACCAGCAAAUAUGGAGGAGCUCACUGAAGUGAUCACCUCUGCUGAAUUUCAUCCACAACACUGUAAUUUAUUCAUAUAUAGUAGCAGUAAGGGAACCAUUAAAUUAGCGGACAUGAGAGAGUCUGCUCUAUGCGAUCAAAAUGCAAAGGUCUUUGAGGAGGCUGAAGAUCCAUCCAGCAGAUCGUUUUUCUCGGAAAUCAUAUCUUCAAUUUCUGACGCGAAAUUUAGUAAUGAUGGAAGAUAUAUUAUAUCUCGAGACUACUUAACGCUAAAAAUUUGGGAUGUCAAUAUGGAAAAGAAACCUUUACGAACAAUCAAUAUUCAUGAUAAUCUAAGAUCCAAACUAUGUGACUUGUACGAAAACGAUUGUAUAUUUGACAAGUUUGAAUGCUCAUUUAGUGGCGACGGAAACAACCUGAUGACUGGUUCUUAUAGCAACAAUAUUCAUAUAUUUGGACGUAAUGAUGAUAGUGAAGUGGUGCUACAAGCUGACAAGAGUGUAUUUAAAUCCAAAAAACUGGGUGGUGCAAAGGCCAUGAACAAUCGUACUAUUAUCGGUCAGACAAGAGCUACACGUCGUGAGGCAAAUGACUAUAUGGAUUAUAAUAAGAAAAUACUUCACGCUUCUUAUCAUCCUAGAGAAAAUACCAUUGCUGUUGCUGCUACUAAUAAUCUCUUUAUUUUCACUGAACAAUAAAUUCACUUAAGCAUUUUAUUUGCAUAUUAAACAAUUUUAAAUUCGAAAUAUAGUUUUCUUUUUUAAGAAAACAGGUGUAUAUGUAUGUUUGCGUGUAGGAUUAAGAAAGAGGAGAUACUGAAUGCUUUCUAAAAAGAGGUCCACUGUUUGCAUCCAGUUCUUCUGAUUGACGAGGACUAUUUCUAUUCAUAAGCGGUGCAGAUAGACUUGGAGACUGAUAAUGGUAAUUCAUUGGCGAAGGUGGACCAUACAUGGGUCGCAUAUGCGACAUGUGAGGACUUGAUGCAUUACUAUUUAAAGGUGGAUGCGGUGGAGGUGUCAUGCAUGGUGAUGUAUUAUUAUUAUUAUUAUU